CCACUUUGAGGGGAAAAAAAACAUGACAAACGCACAACUCGUAAGAUGGAAAUUUUCGGAAUUCAGGGCUCAAUGGCUAUAUCGUGUGCGACGAAUUGCGUUAUUCUACCCGCCAUGGUAGUUUGUUGUAGAUGCUCCCUCUAGCGAAAUUUAUUCUGCCCCACCUCUCUCUCUCUCUCUCUCUCUCUCUCUCUCUCUCUCUUCCCGUUUCCUGCUCGUCCCAAUUCUUACGGAUCAGGGUUUCUCGCAUGCCCCUUUAAUCCAAGGUUUCUCUCUCUCUCUCUCUCGCCCCCCUCUCUCCAUGAAGAGGCGAUGCCUGAUGCUUCACCCGCCUCAUAUACCCAAGUGCUGCCAGCAACCGAGGAGCCGCAGGGCUCAGCAUCCUCCCCUUAGAGGUUCUUUUUCUCCAUUCUCUUUCUAUAAAGAUUGUUCUUCCAGCACCACAACCACCAUCACAGAUCAAGGCAAUGAUGAACCAUUUUUGGAAGAUGGAGAAGAUAUGCCAGUGUUUUCUUCGUUUAAGUCUAAUCUGUCUUGCAAUGAAGACGGCAAAAGGAUUUUCUCUCACUCGGUAGAAGUACCAGUCCUUGAAGUUGAAACAGUAACUCAAAUUUCUUCAACGGAUUCCUGCAAAAAUGGAACUUCUCAUGCAACAUGGGAUAAUGGAUCAUAUCUAACUGAUCGUGUUAGCACCCACUUGUCUGCAGGACCAUCACCAAUUGCAGCAGAUAAAUCUUUGUUUCCAGUUGCUGGAAACAUGGAAUCUUGGUUGGCUCCUGGAAAUGUGGUAUGGGCUAAAACUGCUUCCCAUGAGUGGUGGCCUGCAGAGGUCUUGGAUGAGAGAGAUAUCCUAGAUUGCACUAGCAAUCACCACGUUGGGCAUGUAUUGGUGCAGCUUUAUGGGAACCAUGAACCUGCAUGGCUUGAUCCAGUCAAGGACUUGUCACAAUUCCAUUAUUGCUUUGGAGAGAGGAGCAAAAAUCCUUUAGAAGCAUUUCAAGAUGCUCUUAAGCAGGCUUUGCUCAAACAUGUGCAUGCAAGUUCAAGAGCAAGGAGAUGUUCUGAUGAGGUGAAGAGGUCAAGCCAAAAUGGCACACGUGAUGCACAAAAUCCUUCAAAUUCAAGUAGAACAAAGGAUGACUUCAUUGAAGAAGGGAGGGGUAAAAGGAAAAGGAAAACAAACUUCACUUCGAUCAGUUGAGCUUUUCCGGAGAAACCACAAAGAAGAGUGCGCCGGCUCAGGAUAAUGCGACACCUUGGGCUUAUUGCUCCCGCUGGAUCUCCCUUUUCUCCCUCACAUGUGAAAACUUCUGAAAUGAGUUGCGGCUGGUUCAUUUUUGCUAGUUGUUCAACUUGGAAUGUUUUUCUUUGUAGGCAGCUAUUAUGUUACAAAUUGUGCUAGAGGAUUCAUAAACAUGUGUAUGUGGUCUGUGGGACAAUUAACAUCAGGCAAGCUUGUUCUGGGAGUUAUUGCCAUCCAUUUGCCCGUAACUCUUCGUAAUGUAAUAUUGAGAUGGCACAACUUUAAAUCACUCAAUGCCUGUGGGAAUUUU